AAAGGAACUACUGCUAUAUUUGUAAUGAUACUUCUGCUGGGGCUCUGCCUUUGCUGUAUUCAUCUCACAAGGCAACAGACUUGUCCCACCCCAGGUACUCUUACCAAACCAAACAUAUUUCUGGAAACCUCACCCAGUGAUGAAGCAGAUGAAGUUUUGGUUAAGUGUCAAAUACCGCCAGUCUCUCCUUUUACCAGAAUUAUUCUCUGUGAAGACGGGGUAGAAAUCAAAAGUCAGAAGCAAGAGGAUGCAAUAUUUUUAUAUAAAUUCUCAUAUAAAAUAUCAAGAGCAAGUACAAGACAGCUUUCUUGCAUGUACCAGAACAAGGAUAAAAACAACCAGGAGAAUAAUUCCUCUCCAAGUGAUGCCAGGAACCUUUAUGUUUCAGGUAAGAAAACUACAAAUGAAAUAGCUAUUUUAAAAAAAAACACUAAAUGGGGUCUUGGAGAACAGACUCCAAUGAAGAUUUCAGGCUACAUCCAGAAAUGGAGUGAAUUCUCAGCUACAGCAGAAGUGGUAAGAAAUGCAAUUACAUCUUGCACAAUUAUCCAAUUAUCCACUUUUUUCCAAUUCACAGGUGCCUCAAAUAAUGCAGGUUCCUUAGGUUUUGAAAUUUCCCUAGCAUUAGGAUUUGGAAUGACAACUGCUUCCAUCUUUAUCUGUGCUGCACUGUUUUAUGUGCUGGAGAAAAGAGGUAUAAUCCAAUGGAGAGCAACCAGACAUCCAGAAAGAGAAAACCAAACACAAGGACAACCAGUUGGUUCAUUUAAUGAUGAAUCAGAGCAGAAUCCCUUGCAUGUUUACUCAGACAUAAGCCUCAGUCCGUUCAGUGGGAUUUACUGCCAGGCACAGGCACCCAAAGGAAUUUUGCAUCCAGCCUAUAGCCAAGUAAGCUUUAAGAAGAGACAGGAAGCUCAUCCUGCUCUGGGAAGGUUCUAUGAGGAAGAAGUAUGAUUUCCGGGUGUGGGGGUUAAUAACACAAACUAUUCCAAA